GCACCUCUCGCCCGCCGAGCCGACUUGCGACGACCGACACACGUACGCCCGACCUCGCGCACCAUGGCCAGCACCAGCUACAACGGCAGCGGCGUCGACUCGCCCAUCGCCUCGACUUCCGCCGCGACCCGACCAGCUCCUCCACCUGCCGCGUUCGAGCACGCCGACCUGUACGCAGACCUCGGCAGUCACCUUCUCGAUGCGUGGGUCAAGCCGCACGAGUCGUUCGCCGACUGCAUCCUGCGGGUCGCGUACGCCGACGGCUCCGAGGGUGUCUUCACCCUCCACGGCCUGUUGGUCUCGCGGUCGCCCCUCCUCCACUCGCUCCUCUCGGCCGCCUUCCUCUCGUCAGGCCCCGCCGUGCGCCCCGUCGUCCUCCCGCUCGCGCUCCCCGACCCAGCCAUCACCCCACACGCCCUCAGCCUCGUCCUCGCAUCGCUGUACUCGCCCGCCGUCCUGCGCCACCUCGACGAGUCGACCGCGCCCGCCGUCCUCGCGACGGCCCACUUCCUCGCGCUCGACAAGCUCGCCGAGCGCGCGCUCGCGCUGUGCGAGGAGGUCGUCAAGCGCGCGACGACGGCCGACGAGGUCAAGCGCUGGGUCGAGUACGUCGACCGCGAAGCGGCGGCGGCCGCGCAGGGUGGUGGACCGGGCGGGUCGUCGUUGUCCGGACGCAGCAGCCCGCUCGUGCCCAACGGCGCCGUGGGCGUCAACGGCGCGCUGCCGCUGCCCGGUUCGGUCGCAGGGUGGGGCAGCACGGGCGCGGGCGCCGGUGCGGGACCGCACGAGGCGCGCCUGCGCACGCUCCUCAUGGACCGCAUCGUGUGCCUCCCCGACGAGCUCGGCGCGUUCGAGCCCCACACGGCGGCGGCGGCGCAGCAGGAGCUCAUCCCCGUCCUCGCGAGGCUGCCGUUCGCCAUGGUCAAGCAGGCCAUCGAGGACUCGCGGUUCAACGUCCCGACCGACCUCGACCGCUUCAAUUUCGCAAAGAAGGUCGUCGCGGCGCGCAAGCAGCUCGCGGUCGCGGCCGCGCAGCAGCAGCAGCAGCAGCAGGGCGGCGGCGGCGCCGGCGGCGCCGUCGACUUUGAAGAGACGGUCGUGCUCCAGUUUGGCGCGUCGAGCGGACCGGGCGGCGGGUGCGCCGUCAACGUGCUGAGGAAGGCGCGCAAGCCGCAGCUGUGGAAGGCGAGCAGCGCGGCGUGA